AUGCCUCCCAACCUCACCGGCUACUACCGCUUUGUCUCCCAGAAGAACCUGGAGGACUACCUGCAAGCUCUGAAUAUCAACAUGGCUCUGCGGAAGAUCGCCCUGCUGCUCAAGCCUGACAAGGAGAUUGACCAGCAGGGCAACCACAUGAUGGUGAAGACCCUCAGCACCUUCCGGAACUACAUUCUGAAAUUCGAGGUGGGAGUGGAGUUUGAGGAGGACCUGAGGAUCGUGGAUGGACGCAAAUGCCAGACCAUAGUCACCUGGGAAGAGGAGCAGCUGGUUUGCGUGCAGAGAGGAGAGGUCCCUAACCGGGGCUGGCGACUCUGGCUGGAGGGACAGAUGUUACAUCAGGAAGUGACAGCACGGGAUGCAGUGUGCCAGUGUGUCUUCAGGAAGGUCAAAUAG